AUGGAUAAAUUGAACAUUGGCAUGGACGAAGGAGUCAAACUAGAAGCCAAUGUAGGCUUAGAGAACAACGCCUACUCAGAGGACACAAGUGCAAAAAUUGGCAUUAGAGGAGAAGUAGAAAAUGGCACAGCAGCACAAAUUGGAAGCAGAGGGACAGUCUCGGGGACUGAUCUACUUCAGGGUGCAGGCUCAGCAAACCUUGGAGUCGGGGGCUCAGCUAGUGACUCUUUCGGACUAUUGGACCCCCCAACCGUUUCCGUCCCUCUGCAAGGAGCGGGCAGCGCAGGACUCGGCUUCGGUAUCUGCGGCAAUGAGAACGAUGGCAUUUUUGUCAACAACGUAGACAGCAGUGGCCCAGCACAUGACUGUGGACAGAUUAAACCUGAUGACAGAAUACUUUCUGUGACAGUUUCAACAAAGAACAUCCCGUUAGAAGAUGCCUUGACGAUCCUUGGGCACGCGGCGCCAUACCCAAUCGUUCUUCAAGUAGAGAAAGCAACGCCAGCCUCACAACUGAAUUUGACCCCCAUAAAAGCAGGAGUGGGUGCAGGCUCUACGAUAAAACAUCCAUCAUUCGAAUCUCCAUCUUUGGAUGGCCCUACCGCAGGCAUGGACUUAAAACUCAGACCCCCGAGUUUAGGCGGCAAGUUACAUGGUGAUAUUGACACUCCUAAAGGAGGACUAGGAUUAAAUGGUGAUAUGAACUCUGGCAUUGAUGGUGAUCUUGAUGAACCUGAAAUUGGUGCAGUAGAAGCCCCAGCUGUUGAGUCUGGCAUUGGCGGGGGACUUGAUUUAAAUCUAGGAUUAGAUCUUGGUGGUGUUGGUGAUGCGCUUGGAUUAAAUGGUAAAGCAGACACAGAUUUAAAUGUAGAUGUUGAUGUUGGUGAUGUUGAUAUGAACGUGAAUGGCCCAGAUGUAGACUUGGACGGCAAAGGAGGUAUUGGAGGUGGCCUCGGUUUCGGUGGAAAGGUAUCUCCUCCAGAUGUAGACUUGGAUGGCAAAGGUGGUAUUGGAGGUGGCCUCGGUUUCGGUGGAAAGACAUCCACUCCAGAUGUUGACUUUGGUGGCAAAGCAGGACUAGGUGGUGGACUUGGGUUUGGUGGAAAUGUGUCUGGUCCAGAUGUAGAUGCUGGUUUGGAUGUGAAAGGUGGAUUAGGUGGUGACAUUGGUGUAGGUGGCGACAUCUCCUCUCCUGAUGUGGAUCUCAAGGGCGGAAUAGAUGUAGAUACCCCUGAUGUGGAAUUAAGAGCAAAAGGUCCAAAAGCAAAAGGAGGAAUGAAAAUCCCCAAAUUUGGAAAGAAAUCGCCAAAGGCUGAUGGAAAAGUGAAAGGACGUCCUAACACAUUCACUGCUGGUGCUGAUAUCGAUGGUGGUGCUUCUCCUCCAUCUGGAAGUCUCUCUGCGGCCUAUGAUGAUAGUCUGCCCAGUCUGAAAAGUGAUGGCUCACACGAUCAUCCCAAGCACAAAGGUAAGGGUGGUUUCAACUUCAACUUCAAACUGCCCAAAUUCCCUAGUUUCGGUGGGAAGCAUAAGCAUCAUCAUGAUCAUGAUGAUGAUGAUGCUGAUGUUGACCUGCGUGGCACAUGGCCUGGCAAAAAGAAGAAAGGAAAAGGAAAAAUCAAAUCGCCUACAGGAACACUUGGCUUUGGCGUGAGCGGUCCAGAUGCUAAUCUGGAUGGUGAUGUCCAAGUGGGUGGCAAGAUCGAUACUCCUGAUGUUGAUGUAGAUGCCAAAGCUGAACUCCCAGAUGCAGAUGCAAAUAUCGGUGGUGGUCUUGGAUUUGGUGGCAAGCUUGACACCCCUGAUGUUGAUGUAGAUGCCAAGGCUGAAUUGCCUGAUGCAGAUGUGAAGAUUGGAGGUGGCUUUGGAGGUGGUUUUGGUCUUGGUGGGAAGAUUGACACUCCAGAUGUUGAUGUAGAUGCCAAUGCUAAGCUACCUGAUGCAGAUGCAAAUAUCGGUGGUGGUCUUGGAUUUGGUGGCAAAGUUGAUUCUCCUGAUGUUGAUGUAGAUGCCAAGGCUGAAUUGCCUGAUGCAGAUGUGAAGAUUGGAGGUGGCUUUGGAGGUGGUUUUGGUCUUGGUGGGAAGAUUGACACUCCAGAUGUUGAUGUAGAUGCCAAUGCUAAGCUACCUGAUGCAGAUGCAAAUAUCGGUGGUGGUCUUGGAUUUGGUGGCAAGCUUGACACCCCUGAUGUUGAUGUAGAUGCCAAGGCUGAAUUGCCUGAUGCAGAUGUGAAGAUUGGAGGUGGCUUAGGAGGCGACCUUGGAUUUGGUGGCAAGGUUGACACUCCUGAUGUUGAUAUAGAUGUUGAUGCUAAACUCCCAGAUGCUGAUGUGAAUAUCGGUGGCGGCUUAGGUAGUUUCGGUUUCGGAGGCAAGGCUGAUGUUCCAGAUGUUGAUGGUGAGAUCAAGGUUGAUGCUCCAGAAAUAGAUGUAAAUACUCCAAAGGGCAGUUUCGAGUUUGGAGGAGGAGUUGAUGUUGAUGGGCCAAGUCUAGGUGGGAAAGCAGACUUACCAGAUGCUAAUGUAAAAGGAGACAUCAAUUUCGGAGGCGGGAUUGGAUUGAAGGGUGACACUGAUGUUGAUGUGAAGGCACCUAAGAUCGGCUUUGGGCUCAAGGGCAAGGGUGAUCACUCACAUUCAGAUAGCGACUCUGAUGAUGACCAUGACCACAAGGGCAAAGGCAAAGGAGGUUUCAAUAUCAAUAUGCCUCACCUCAAUAUGCCUCAUUUCAAAAAGCCACAUUUCGGAUUUGGUGGAAAGGGCAAGGGCAAACAUGGUGUAGAUGCUGAUGUUUCCCUUGGUGGAGGAGCAGACCUUCCAGAUGUUGAUGCUGAUGUUCCAGAUGUGGAUGUACAUGCCUCACCAGAUGCUGAUAUCAGUAUUGGUGGAGGAAUAGGUGGAGGAGGCAAUGCUGAUGCUGACCUGCCUAAAGGCGAUGUUGACCUCAAGAUUGGUGGAGAAGUUGAUACUCCUGAUGUUAAAUUAGGAGGCAAAGUCAAAGGAAAAGGUGGAUUAGGAAAGAGAUUCAGCUUUGGUAAGAAGGACAAGAAGAAGAAAGAUAGGUCAAAGAAGCAAGAUGAUGACAGUGACUCGGAUGAUGGCCACAAAAAGGGCAAAGGUGGUUUCAGUUUUGGCUUGAAAAAGCCCAAAUUUGGAUUUAGUUUUGGUGGCAGAGGUGACGGAGAUGGUGAUGUGAAGAUCAAAGCUGAUGCUCCAGAUGUUGACCUCAAUGCAGGAGUUGAUGGUGAUGCCAAGAUUGGAGGUGGCUUUGGUAUAGGAGGAGGAAUUGAUGGUGGUCUCCCUGAUGCUGAUGGCAAAGUUGGGCUUUCUGUGGAUGGCGGGUUGCCUGAUGUUGAUGGUGAUGCUAAGAUAGGAGGUGGCCUUGGAUUCGGUGGAAAGGUUGAUACUCCAGAUGUUGAUGUAGAUGCCAAGGCUAAACUUCCCGAUGCUGAUGUCAAUAUUGGAGGUGGCGUUGGAUUCGGUGGCAAAGUUGACACUCCAGAUCUUGACGGCAAGGCUGAACUCCCAGGCGCUGAUGUGAAUAUUGGAGGCGGUAUUGGAGGUGAUAUGCCAGAUGUAAAAGUAGAUGGAGGUAUUGAUGCAGACAUUGAUGCCGAUGUGAACCUUAAAGGACCAAAGAUUGGUUUUGGUUUUGGCAGGCGUGGCUCCAAAUCUAGCAGCUCCAGUGAUGAUGACGAUGAUGAUAAGAAGAAAGCUAAAGGUGGAUUCGGUUUUGGUUUGCCAAGCUUGAAGUUUGGGGCAGGAGGUGAUGGAAAGGCUGACCUUGGUGGAGAUGUCAGUAUUGAUGGAAAGGCGAACUUACCUGAUGUAGAUGGUGAUAUCAAGAUCAAUGGCAAUGCUCCAGAUAUUGAUUUGAAUGCUGGUGCAGGAGGUGAUAUCAAUAUUGGUAGUGGUCUUCCAGAUGCAGAUGUCAAGAUUGGUGGUGGUGUUGACACGGAUCUUGGUCUGAAAGGUGAUGCUGACCUAGAAGGACCAAAGAUAGGAUUUGGGCUUAAAGGCAAGGGUGACCACUCACAUUCAGAUAGUGACUCUGAUGAUGACCAUGACCACAAGGCCAAAGGCAAGGGAGGUUUCAAUAUCAAUAUGCCUCACCUCAAUAUGCCUCAUUUCAAAAAGCCACAUUUCGGAUUUGGUGGAAAGGGCAAGGGCAAACAUGGUGAUGCUGAUGUUUCCCUUGGUGGAGGAGCAGACCUUCCAGAUGUUGAUGCUGAUGUUAAGAUCAAGGCUGAUAUUCCAGAUGUUGAUGUGCAUGCCUCACCAAAUGCUGAUAUAAGCAUUGGAGGAGGAAUAGGUGGAGGUGUCAACACUGAUGCCGACCUGCCGAAAGGUGAUGUUGACCUCAAGAUCGGUGGAGAAGUUGAUACUCCUGAUGUUAAAUUGGGAGGCAAAGUCAAAGGAAAAGGUGGAUUAGGAAAGAGAUUCAGCUUUGGUAAGAAGGACAAGAAGAAGAAAGAUAGGUCAAAGAAGCAUGAUGAUGACAGUGACUCUGAUGAUGGCCACAAAAAGGGCAAAGGUGGUUUUAGUUUUGGCUUGAAAAAGCCCAAAUUUGGAUUUGGAUUUGGUGGCAGAGGUGGCGGAGAUGGUGAUGUGAAGAUCAAGGCUGAUGCUCCAGAUGUUGACCUCAAUGCAGGAGUAGAUGGUGAUGCCAAGAUUGGUGGUGGCUUCGGUAUAGGAGGAGGAAUUGGUGGUGGUCUCCCUGAGGCUGAUGGCAAAGUUGGGCUAUCUGUUGAAGGUGGACUUCCAGAUGUUAAUGGUGAUGUAGAGAUCAAGGCGGAUGCCCCAGAAAUAGAUGUCAAUGCUGCACCUGGUGGAGGUAUCAGUUUUGGGGCAGGAAUGCCAGAUGCUGAUGUGAAGCUCGGUGGAGGUGUUGAUGCUGAUCUACCAGAUGUCAAUGUGAAAGGAGAUGCUGACCUUGAUACUGAUCUUGACCUGAAGGGCGGUGCUGGUUUGAAAGGACCAAAGUUUGGUUUGGGACUUAAAGGCAGGAAGGGUUCUGAUUCCGAUAGCGACUCUGAUGAUGACCAUCACCACAAGCACAAGGGCAAAGGUGGCUUUAACAUCAAUAUCCCGAACUUUAAACUACCAUCAUUUGGUGGAAAGGGCAAGGGUAAACACGGUGCAGGUGCUGACCUUUCUCUUGAUGGUCCAGAUGUUGAUGUGAAUGCCAAGGGUGAGCUGCCAGAUGCUGAUGUCAGUCUUGGAGGAGGUAUUGGUGGCGAUGCCAACAUUGGAGGUGGCAUCGAUAUUGAUGGAAGUCUACCAGAUGCAGAUGUCAAAGUCGGUAUUGAUGGAGAUCUACCAGAUGUCAGUGUAAAGGGAGAUGGAGACCCUGAUGCUGAUCUUGACCUGAAGGGCGGUGCUGGUUUGAAAGGACCAAAGUUUGGAUUGGGACUUAAAGGCAGGAAGGGUUCUGAUUCCGACAGCGACUCGGAUGAUGACCAUCACCACAAACACAAGGGCAAAGGUGGCUUUAACAUCAAUAUGCCGAACUUCAAACUGCCUUCAUUUGGUGGAAAGGGCAAGGGUAAACACGGUGCAGGUGCUGACCUUUCACUUGAUGGCCCAGAUGUUGAUGUGAAUGCCAAGGGUGAGCUGCCAGAUGCUGAUGUCAGUCUUGGAGGAGGUAUUGGUGGCGAUGCCAAGAUUGGAGGUGGUGUCGAUAUUGAUGGAAGUCUACCAGAUACAGAGGUCAAAGUUGGUGCAGGUGCUAAUAUUCCUGAUAUUGAGGGUGAUGCUGGUGUUGAUGCUAGUGCCAAGCUGAAGGGACCUAAAGUUGGUUUUGGCAUGAAGGGAAGAAAAGGCUCCGACUCUGAUAGUGACUCUGAUGAUGACCAUCAUCACAAGGGAAAAGGAGGCUUUAACAUAAACAUGCCUCAUCUCCAUAUGCCUCAUAUAAAGAUGCCGUCAUUUGGUGGAAAGGGCAAGGGUAAACACGGUGCAGGUGCUGACCUUUCACUCGAUGGCCCAGAUGUUGAUGUGAAUGCCAAGGGUGAGCUGCCAGAUGCUGAUGUCAGUCUUGGAGGAGGUAUUGGUGGCGAUGCCAAGAUUGGAGGUGGCGUUGAUAUUGAUGGAAGUCUACCAGAUACAGAUGUCAAAGUCGGUAUUGAUGGAGAUCUACCAGAUGUUGAUGUCAAGGGCGGUGCUGAUGUUGAUGGUGAUAUUGACCUGAAGGGUGGUGCUGAUUUGAAAGGACCAAAGUUUGGUUUGGGACUUAAAGGCCGUCGAGGUUCUCAUUCAGAUAGCGAUUCCGAUGAUGACCAUCACCACAAGCACAAGGGCAAAGGUGGCUUCAACAUCAAUAUGCCUAACUUCAAACUGCCAUCAUUUGGUGGAAAGGGCAAGGGUAAACACGGUGCAGGUGCUGACCUUUCACUUGAUGGCCCAGAGGUUGAUGUGAAUGCCAAGGGUGAGCUGCCAGAUGCUGAUGUCAGUCUUGGAGGAGGUAUUGAUGUUGAUGCUGAUGUUAAGAUCCAAGCUGAUGCUCCAGAUGUUGAAGUGAAUGCCUCACCAGAUGCAGAUAUAAGUAUUGGAGGAGGAAUAGGCGGAGGAGUCAACGCUGAUGCCGACCUGCCUAAAGGCGAUGUUGACCUCAAGAUUGGUGGAGAAGUUGAUACUCCUGAUGUUAAAUUAGGAGGCAAAGUCAAAGGAAAAGGUGGAUUAGGAAAGAGAUUCAGCUUUGGUAAGAAGGACAAGAAGAAGAAAGAUAGGUCAAAGAAGCAUGAUGAUGACAGUGACUCUGAUGAUGGCCACAAAAAGGGCAAAGGUGGUUUCAGUUUUGGCUUGAAAAAGCCCAAAUUUGGAUUUGGAUUUGGUGGCAGAGGUGGCGGAGAUGGUGAUGUGAAGAUCAAGGCUGAUGCUCCAGAUGUUGACCUCAAUGCAGGAGUUGAUGGUGAUGCCAAGAUUGGAGGUGGCUUUGGAAUAGGAGGAGGAAUUGGUGGUGGUCUCCCUGACGCUGAUGGCAAAGUUGGGCUAUCUGUUGGAGGUGGACUACCAGAUGUUGAUGGUGAUGUGGAGGUGAAGGCUGAUGCCCCAGAAAUAGAUGUCAAUGCUGCACCUGGUGGAGGUAUCAGUUUUGGGGCAGGAAUGCCAGAUGCUGAUGUGAAGCUCGGUGGAGGUGUUGAUGCUGAUCUACCAGAUGUCAAUGUGAAAGGAGAUGCAGACCUUGAUGCUGAUGUUAAUCUGAAAGGGCCAAAGAUUGGUUUUGGCCUCAAAGGUAGAAAGGGUUCUCAUUCAGAUAGUGACUCUGAUGAUGACCAUGACCACAAGGCCAAAGGCAAAGGAGGUUUCAAUAUUAAUAUGCCUCACCUCAAUAUGCCUCAUUUCAAAAAGCCACAUUUCGGAUUUGGUGGAAAGGGGAAGGGCAAACCUGGUGUAGAUGCUGAUGUUUCCCUUGAUGGAGGAGCCGACCUUAGAGAUGUUGAUGCUGAUGUUAAGAUCAAGGCUGAUGUUCCAGAUGUGGAAGUACAUGCCUCACCAGAUGCUGAUAUCAAUCUCGGAGGAGGAAUAGGUGGAGGCUUAGAUGCUAAUAUUGACAUGCCUAAAGGAGAUCUAAAGGCUGAUGUUGGUUCACCUGAUGCAGACCUCAGCAUUGGUGGUAAGCUAGGCAAACCAAAGGUUGGAGGCAAAGCUAAAGGCAGGUUUAGCUUUGGCCAAAAAGACAAGAAAAAGAAGCCAAGAAAAUCAUCUGGAGACCACAGCGAUAGUGACUCUGACGAUGAGGGUCAUAAGAGAGGAAGUUUGGGCUUUAAAAUGCCUAGUUUUGGGUUUGGUGGCAAAGGUCAUGGCCGUGGUGAUGGAAAGGUGUCCCUGAAUGCUCCAGAUGUUGAUGACAAUGUAAAAAUCAAGGCAGAUGCUCCAGAUGUAGAUCUCAACGCAGGAGUUGAUGGUGACGCCAAGAUUGGAGGUGGCUUUGGUAUAGGAGGAGGAAUUGGUGGUGGUCUUCCUGACGCGGAUGGCAAAGUUGGACUAUCUGUUGAUGCCGGAUUGCCCGAUAUUGACGCCAAGGUUGAUGGUAAUCUACCAGAUGUUGAUGUAAAUGGAGACGCAGGACUUGAUGCUGAUGCCAAGCUGAAGGGACCUAAAGUUGGUUUUGGCAUGAAGGGAAGAAAAGGCUCCGACUCUGAUAGUGACUCUGAUGAUGACCAUCAUCACAAGGGAAAAGGAGGCUUUAACAUAAACAUGCCUCAUCUCCAUAUGCCUCAUAUAAAGAUGCCGUCAUUUGGUGGAAAGGGCAAGGGUAAACAUGGUGCAGGUGCUGACCUUUCACUUGAUGGCCCAGAUGUUGAUGUGAAUGCCAAGGGUGAGCUGCCAGAUGCUGAUGUCAGUCUUGGAGGAGGUAUUGGUGGCGAUGCCAAGAUUGGAGGUGGCGUUGAUAUUGAUGGAAGUCUACCAGAUGCAGAUGUCAAAGUCGGUAUUGAUGGAGAUCUACCAGAUGUCAGCGUAAAGGGAGAUGGAGACCUUGAUGCUGAUCUUGACCUGAAGGGUGGUGCUGGUUUGAAAGGACCAAAGUUUGGUUUGGGACUUAAAGGCCGUCGAGGUUCUCAUUCAGAUAGCGACUCGGAUGAUGACCAUCACCACAAGCACAAGGGCAAAGGUGGCUUCAACAUCAAUAUGCCUAACUUCAAACUGCCUUCAUUUGGUGGAAAGGGCAAGGGUAAACAUGGUGCAGGUGCUGACCUUUCACUUGAUGGCCCAGAUGUUGAUGUGAAUGCCAAGGGUGAGCUGCCAGAUGCUGAUGUCAGUCUUGGAGGAGGUAUUGGUGGUGAUGCCAACAGUGGAGGUGGCAUCGAUAUGGGUGGAAGUCUACCAGAUGCAGAUGUCAAAGUCGGUAUUGAUGGAGAUCUACCAGAUGUUGAUGUCAAGGGCGGUGCUGAUGUUGAUGGUGAUAUUGACCUGAAGGGUCCGAAAAUUGGCUUUGGCCUGAAGGGGAGAAAAGGCUCCCACUCUGAAAGUGACUCCGAUGAUGACCAUCACCACAAGGGAAAAGGAGGCUUCAAUAUAAAUUUGCCUAAGUUUAACCUGCCUAAGUUUAAAGGCAGAGGGCAUGGAGGAGUUGAAAUUGGAGCUGAUGGAGAAAUUGGUGGCAAAGUCGACGUGCCAGAUGUUGAUGGUGAUGUGGAAAUCAAGGCUGAUGCCCCGGAAAUUGAUGUCAAUGCAGCACCUGGAGGUGAUAUCAGUAUCGGCGGUGGCCUCAGUGGUAAGCUGCCAGAUGCAGAUAUCGAAAUUGGUGGUGGAGUUGAUGCGGAUCUACCAGAUGUCAGUGCAAAGGGUGGUGUAGAUGCUGAUCUUGAUUUGAAGGCUGAUGCAGACCUCAAGUCGCCGAAAGGAAAAGGAGGAUUUGAUUUCAAAAUGCCCCAUUUCAAAAUGCCCAAUUUCGGAUUUGGAGGAAAGGGCAAGGGCAAACAUGGUGUAGAUGCUGAUGUUUCCCUUGGUGGAGGAGCAGACCUUCCAGAUGUUGAUGCUGAUGUUAAGAUCAAGGCUGAUAUUCCAGAUGUUGAAGUGAAUGCCUCACCAGAUGCUGACAUAAGUAUUGGAGGAGGAAUAGGUGGAGAGGUUGAUGCUGAUGCCGACCUGCCUAAAGGCGAUGUUGACCUCAAGAUUGGUGGCGAAGUUGAUACUCCUGAUGUUAAAUUAGGAGGCAAAGUCAAAGGAAAAGGUGGAUUAGGAAAGAGAUUCAGCUUUGGUAAGAAGGACAAGAAGAAGAAAGAUAGGUCAAAGAAGCAAGAUGAUGACAGUGACUCAGAUGAUGGCCACAAAAAGGGCAAAGGUGGUUUUAGUUUUGGAUUGAAAAAGCCCAAAUUUGGAUUUAGUUUUGGUGGCAGAGGUGGUGGAGAUGGUGAUGUGAAGAUCAAGGCUGAUGCUCCAGAUGUUGACCUUGAUGCAGGAGUUGAUGGUGAUGCCAAGAUUGGAGGUGGUUUUGGUAUAGGAGGAGGAAUUGGUGGUGGUCUCCCUGAUGCUGAUGGCAAAGUUGGGCUUUCUGUUGAAGGUGGACUUCCAGAUGUUGAUGGUGAUGUAGAGAUCAAGGCUGAUGCCCCAGAAAUAGAUGUCAAUGCUGCACCUGGUGGAGGUAUCAGUUUUGGAGGUGGAAUUGGUUGUGGUCUCCCUCAUGUUGAUGGUAAAGCUGGACUAUCUCUUGAUGGUGACCUUCCAGAUGUCGAUGUGAAAGGAAUGGAUGCUGACUUUGGUGUUAAAGGUGAUGCUGACAUAAGUGGUCCAAAGAUUGGUUUUGGUUUUGGAAGGAGAGGUUCUGUCUCAUCUGCAUCUAGCUCCUGCUCUGAUGAGGACAAGACAAAGGGUGGUUUCCAUCUGCCGAGCCUGAAAUUUGGGGCAGGAGGUGACGGAAAGGGCGAUCUCGGAGAAAGAGGAGGCUUGUCUCUUAAUGGUCCAGAACUUUGUGUUGAUGGUGAGUUGGAUGUCAAGGCUGAUGCCCCAGCUGUACCAGGAGGCGAUGUCAGUAUCGGAGGUGGUAUUGGAGGAGGUUUGCCUGAUGGCGAUGUCAAGAUCGGUGGUAGCAUCGAUGGUGAUCUGCCAGAUGUGAAAGGCAAUGCAGGAAUUGAUGCAGAUGUCGACCUUAAAGGACCAAAGAUUAGUUUUGGUUUUGGCAGGCGUGGCUCCAAAUCUGGCAGCUCCAGUGAUGACGAUGAUGAUAAGAAGAAAGCUAAAGGUGGAUUUGGUUUUGGUUUGCCAAGCUUGAAAUUUGGCGACAAAGGUGAUGGAAAGGGAGAUCUUGGUGUAGGUGGAGAUGUUUCUCUGAAUGGUCCGAGUGUGGAUACUGAUGUAGAGAUCAAGGCUGAUGCACCAGAUAUUGAUUUGAACACAGCUCCAGGAGGUAUCAAUAUUGGUGGGGGUAUUGGGGGAGGUCUGCCAGAUGUAGAUGUUAAGCUUGGUGGAGGUGUUGAUGCAGAUCUUCCCGAUGUCAAGGUUGGAGGAAGUGUCGAUGCAGAUCUACCAGAUGUCAAAGUUGGAGGAGGUGUUGAUGCAGAUCUUCCAGAUGUUGGAUUGAAAGGUGAUGCUGACCUAAAAGGACCUAAGAUAGGUUUUGGGCUGAAAGGCAGAAAAGGCUCGCAUUCUGGCAGUGACUCUGACGAUGAUGACCACAAGGCCAAAGGCAAAGGAGGCUUCAAUUUCAAUAUGCCUCACAUCAAUAUGCCGCACUUCAAAAAGCCACAUUUCGGAUUUGGUGGAAAGGGCAAGGGCAAACCUGGAGUAGAUGCUGAUGUUUCCCUUGGUGGAGGAGCAGACCUUCCAGAUGUUGAUGCUGAUGUUAAGAUCAAGGCUGAUGUUCCAGAUGUUGAUGUGCAUGCCUCACCAGAUGCUGAUAUCAGUAUUGGUGGAGGAAUAGGUGGAGGGGUCAGUGCUGAUGUUGAUCUCCCAAAAGGAGAUCUUGAGAUUGGUGGAAAAGUUGACACUCCGGAUGUAAAAGUCAAAGGAAAAGGUGGAUUAGGAAAGAGAUUCAGCUUUGGUAAGAAGGACAAGAAGAAGAAGGAUAGGUCAAAGAAGCAUGAUGAUGACAGUGAUUCUGAUGAUGGACACAAGAAGAAAGGCUUUGGUUUCAAGUUCCCUAGCUUCUCUGGAAAGAAGGGCCACUAUGAUAUUGAUGGUGGUGCAAAGGGUGAUCUUGAUGGGCAAGGUACUUUCUCAGGCAAGCUACCAAAGGCCGAGGUAAAGGUUGGAGCUGAUAUUGACACACCCAAAGGAAGUAUUGAUGUUAAAGGUGACCUCCCAUCUGUCGAUAUUGGUGGUGAUGUCAACGGUCCAAACGGAGAUGCUAGUCUCAACCUCGGUCUUGAUAGUGAUGUGAAGGGACCCAAAGGAGAUGUUGAUGCUGAUGCUGGAUUUGGAAUUAGUCUAUCAGGACCAAAGAUUUCGCUUGGAGUUGAUGGAGAUUCAGAGAGUUCUGAUUCUGGUAGCAGUGGUAAGGGAAGGAAGAAGAAGUUUCGUAAGAGGAAAUCAUCUGGGUCAUCAUCCGAUGACGAGAAGAAGGGCUUUAAGAUUGGUGGUGGCAUUGGUUUCAACGGACCAAGUUUGGAUGUUGAUGCCAAAGCAGAUCACUCUGACGAUGGAAGUGCAAAAUUGAAGUUGUCUGGACCAGACUUUGGAGUCAAGGGUGGCGUUGAUGCUGAUGCAAAGGCUGGUGGAGAUGCAUCUCUUGGUUUGCCUGGUAUCUCAGGUGGGAUCGGUGUGAAAGGCGAUGGCAGCAUCUCUAGUGAUGACAAAGAGAAAGAUAUCGACAUCGAGCUUGCCCUACCACAGUUGUCCAUUCCUCCUACCCCUGAUGCAAGUGAAAUGGAAGGACCUGAUCUUAAAGAUAAGAAAAAGAACCGGUUUUCCAUCGGAAAGUUUAUGGGUGGCAAGCCAAAGGGUAAAGUUGAUGUUGAUGCAGACGCUAAAGUUGACAUUGAUUUGGACAAAGACCAUAAAGGCAAGAAAAAGUUCCGAAUGCCAAGUUUCAAAUUUGGUAAGAAGAAGAAGGGUAGUUUAGACAUCACUACUCCAGAUACUGAUGUGGUGGUACCAGAGGUUGCUGGUGGUGUGGAAGCUGGCAUUGAAAUUGAUGGUUUCGGUGGAAGGCAGAGCCCAGACACCAGCCUACACAAAGACAUGAAAGUACCAUAUAUCGAUGCCAGUGCGGAGUCGUCUGGGUCAAACCUUGAUGUAAGUGGUGGAGCCAAGCUUGACAUUGGCUUGCCAUCUGCUUCUAUUGGAAUUGAUGUCGAGGAGCCAGUGAUUGCUGCAUCUGCUGGUGGUGAAUUGGAGAGUGCUGCCCCAGGUGUUGAUGUUGGAAUUGGAUUUUCUGCACCAGGCCUGAAGAAGCAAUUGACCACUGACUUGGAUGCUCCAUCCAGUGCUUCUGAUGGUGAGGGAAGACUCGGUCUAAAAGCUGGCAUCGACAUUGGUAAACCAAAGGUCGAUGUUGAAAAGCCAAAUGUCAAAGGUGGUUUGGGUAUAAAACUUCCUUCCUUCAAAAAGAAUAAGAAGAAGUCUGGUUCAGACACGAGCAGCGACUCAGAUGAUGGUGGUCAUGAUAAACUUAAUGCUGGACGCGGAAAGUUAGGAUUGAAGGGAGAAGUUGAUGUUGAUGCUGAUGUCAAGAAACCUAAACUUGGCAUGAAGAUGCCAUCUUUCAAACUUGGUACAAAGAAGGAUGAUAAAAGCAGCAGCAGCAGCGAUUCUGACGAUGACAAGAAGGGAGGCCUAGGAGGUUUCAGCUUGAAAGGAAACGUAGAAAUUCCAAGUGCGGAUGUCCAUGUCCCAGAGGUCGAUGCUGAUGUUUCUGUUGAAGGUCCAAGCAUUGGAGGUGGAGUUGAUGCUAGUAUCAAUGCUCCAGAAGGUGGAAUCCACAUUCCAUCUUUCAAGAAGAAGAAGUCUCUCUCAGGCAGCAGCAGCAGUAGCAGUGAUGAUGAUGACAAGAAGGGAGGCCUAGGAGGUUUUGGUUUGAAAGGAAAAGUUGAUGUCCCAAGUGCCGAUGUCCAUGUCCCAGAGGUCGAUGCUGAUGUUUCUGUUGAAGGUCCAAGCAUUGGAGGUGGAGUUGAUGCUAGUAUUGGUGCUCCAGAAGGUGGAAUCCACAUUCCAUCUUUCAAGAAGAAGAAGUCUCACUCUGGCAGCAGCAGCAGCAGCAGCAGUGAUGAUGAUGACAAGAAGGGAGGCCUAGGAGGUUUUGGUUUGAACGGAAAAGUUGAUGUCCCAAGUGCCGAUGUCCAUGUCCCUGAGGUUGAUGCUGAUGUUUCUGCUGAAGGUCCCAGCAUUGUGGGAGGUGUUGAUGCUAGUAUUGGUGCUCCAGAAGCUGAAAUCCGUAUUCCUUCUUUCAAGAAGAAGAAAUCUCACUCAGGCAGCAGCAGUGACUCUGAUGAUGACAAGAAGGGAGGCCUUGGAGGUUUUGGUUUGAAAGGAGAGGUUGAAAUCCCCACUGGUGAUGUUGAUGCGAGUGCAGAUGCUGAUAUCAAGGCUGAUGUAGAUGCUGGACUUGAAGCACCACAGGCUGAAGGAGGCUUGAGAUUACCAUCUUUUUCACUUGGUAAAAAGAAGAAAGACAAUUCAAGCAGCAGCAGCAGUGACUCCGACGAUGAUAAAAAGGGUGGCCUUAAAUUCGGCUUGAAAGGAAAGGUAGAAAUUCCAAGUGCUGAUGUCCAUGUCCCUGAGGUCAAUGCUGAUGUUUCUGCUGAAGGUCCCAGCAUUGUGGGAGGUGUUGAUGCUAGUGUCGGUGCUCCAGAAGCUGAAAUCCGUAUUCCUUCUUUCAAGAAGAAGAAAUCUCACUCAGGCAGCAGCAGUGACUCUGAUGAUGACAAGAAGGGAGGCCUUGGAGGUUUUGGUUUGAAAGGAGAGGUUGAAAUCCCCACUGGUGAUGUUGAUGCGAGUGCAGAUGCUGAUAUCAAGGCUGAUGUAGAUGCUGGACUUGAAGCACCACAGGCUGAAGGAGGCUUGAGAUUACCAUCUUUUUCACUUGGUAAAAAGAAGAAAGACAAUUCAAGCAGCAGCAGCAGUGACUCCGACGAUGAUAAAAAGGGUGGCCUUAAAUUCGGCUUGAAAGGAAAGGUAGAAAUUCCAAGUGCUGAUGUCCAUGUCCCUGAGGUCGAUGCUGAUGUUUCUGCUGAAGGUCCAAGUAUUGGAGGAGGCGUUGAUGCUAGUAUCGGUGCUCCAGAAGCUGAAAUCCGUAUUCCAUCUUUCAAGAAGAAGAAGUCUCACUCUGGUAGCAGCAGCAGCAGUAGUGACUCCGAUGACGACAAGAAGAAGGGAGGCCUUGGAGGUUUUGGUUUGAAAGGAAAAGUUGAUGUCCCAAGUGUUGAUAUUGAUGCUGGUAUUGGUGCUCCAGAUGCUGAAAUUCGGGUUCCAUCUUUCAAGAAGAAGAAGUCUCACUCGGGCAGCAGUAGCAGCAGUAGCAGUGAUGAUGAUGACAAGAAGGGAAGCCUAGGAGGUUUUGGUUUGAAAGGAAAAGUUGAUGUCCCAAGUGCUGAUAUUGACGCUGGUAUUGGUGCUCCAGAUGCUGAAAUUCGGGUUCCAUCCUUCAAGAAGAAGAAGUCUCACUCUGGCAGCAGCAGCAGCAGUAGCAGUGAUGAUGAUGACAAGAAGGGAGGCCUAGGAGGUUUUGGUUUGAAAGGAAAAGUUGAUGUCCCAAGUGCUGAUAUUGACGCUGGUAUUGGUGCUCCAGAUGCUGAAAUUCGGGUUCCAUCUUUCAAGAAGAAGAAGUCUCACUCUGGCAGCAGCAGCAGCAGUAGCAGUGAUGAUGAUGACAAGAAGGGAGGCCUAGGAGGUUUUGGUUUGAAAGGAAAAGUUGAUGUCCCUAGUGCUGAUAUUGACGCUGGUAUUGGUGCUCCAGAUGCUGAAAUUCGGGUUCCAUCCUUCAAGAAGAAGAAGUCUCACUCUGGCAGCAGCAGCAGCAGUAGCAGUGAUGAUGAUGACAAGAAGGGAGGCCUUGGAGGUUUUGGUUUGAAAGGAAAAGUUGAUGUCCCAAGUGCCGAUAUUGACGCUGGUAUUGGUGCUCCAGAUGCUGAAAUUCGGGUUCCAUCCUUCAAGAAGAAGAAGUCUCACUCUGGCAGCAGCAGCAGCAGCAGUAGCAGUGAUGAUGAUGACAAGAAGGGAAGCCUAGGAGGUUUUGGUUUGAAAGGAAAAGUUGAUGUCCCAAGUGCUGAUAUUGACGCUGGUAUUGGUGCUCCAGAUGCUGAAAUUCGGGUUCCAUCCUUCAAGAAGAAGAAGUCUCACUCGGGCAGCAGUAGCAGCAGUAGCAGUGAUGAUGAUGACAAGAAGGGAAGCCUAGGAGGUUUUGGUUUGAAAGGAAAAGUUGAUGUCCCAAGUGCUGAUAUUGACACUGGUAUUGGUGCUCCAGAUGCUGAAAUUCGGGUUCCAUCCUUCAAGAAGAAGAAGUCUCACUCGGGCAGCAGUAGCAGCAGUAGCAGUGAUGAUGAUGACAAGAAGGGAAGCCUAGGAGGUUUUGGUUUGAAAGGAAAAGUUGAUGUCCCAAGUGCUGAUAUUGACGCUGGUAUUGGUGCUCCAGAUGCUGAAAUUCGGGUUCCAUCCUUCAAGAAGAAGAAGUCUCACUCUGGCAGCAGCAGCAGCAGUAGCAGUGAUGAUGAUGACAAGAAGGGAGGCCUAGGAGGUUUUGGUUUGAAAGGAAAAGUUGAUGUCCCAAGUGCUGAUAUUGACGCUGGUAUUGGUGCUCCAGAUGCUGAAAUUCGGGUUCCAUCUUUCAAGAAGAAGAAGUCUCACUCUGGCAGCAGCAGCAGCAGUAGCAGUGAUGAUGAUGACAAGAAGGGAGGCCUAGGAGGUUUUGGUUUGAAAGGAAAAGUUGAUGUCCCAAGUGCUGAUAUUGACGCUGGUAUUGGUGCUCCAGAUGCUGAAAUUCGGGUUCCAUCCUUCAAGAAGAAGAAGUCUCACUCUGGCAGCAGCAGCAGCAGUAGCAGUGAUGAUGAUGACAAGAAGGGAGGCCUUGGAGGUUUUGGUUUGAAAGGAAAAGUUGAUGUCCCAAGUGCCGAUAUUGACGCUGGUAUUGGUGCUCCAGAUGCUGAAAUUCGGGUUCCAUCCUUCAAGAAGAAGAAGUCUCACUCUGGCAGCAGCAGCAGCAGCAGUAGCAGUGAUGAUGAUGACAAGAAGGGAAGCCUAGGAGGUUUUGGUUUGAAAGGAAAAGUUGAUGUCCCAAGUGCUGAUAUUGACGCUGGUAUUGGUGCUCCAGAUGCUGAAAUUCGGGUUCCAUCCUUCAAGAAGAAGAAGUCUCACUCGGGCAGCAGUAGCAGCAGUAGCAGUGAUGAUGAUGACAAGAAGGGAAGCCUAGGAGGUUUUGGUUUGAAAGGAAAAGUUGAUGUCCCAAGUGCUGAUAUUGACACUGGUAUUGGUGCUCCAGAUGCUGAAAUUCGGGUUCCAUCCUUCAAGAAGAAGAAGUCUCACUCGGGCAGCAGUAGCAGCAGUAGCAGUGAUGAUGAUGACAAGAAGGGAAGCCUAGGAGGUUUUGGUUUGAAAGGAAAAGUUGAUGUCCCAAGUGCUGAUAUUGACGCUGGUAUUGGUGCUCCAGAUGCUGAAAUUCGGGUUCCAUCCUUCAAGAAGAAGAAGUCUCACUCGGGCAGCAGCAGCAGCAGUAGUAGUGAUGAUGAUGACAAGAAGGGAAGCCUAGGAGGUUUUGGUUUGAAAGGAAAAGUUGAUGUCCCAAGUGCCGAAGUCCAUGUCCCUGAGGUCAAUGCUGAUGUUUCUGCUGAAGGUCCAAGUAUUGGAGGAGGUAUUGAUGCUAGUAUCGGUGCUCCAGAAGCUGAAAUCCGCAUUCCUUCUUUCAAGAAGAAGAAGUCUCACUCAGGCAGCAGCAGCAGUGAUGAUGAUAUCAAGGCCGAUGUAGAUGCUGGACUUGAAGCACCACAGGCUGAAGGAGGCUUGAGAUUACCAUCUUUUUCACUUGGUAAAAAGAAGAAAGACAAUUCAAGCAGCAGCAGCAGUGACUCCGACGAUGAUAAAAAGGGUGGCCUUAAAUUCGGCUUGAAAGGAAAGGCAGAAAUUCCAAGUGAAAUCCGUAUUCCUUCUUUCAAGAAGAAGAAAUCCCACUCAGGCAGCAGCAGCAGUAGUAGUAGUAGUGACUCUGACGAUGAUGAGAAAAAAGGCCUUGGUAAAUUUGGUCUGAAAGGAGAUGUUCCAAGCGCUGAACUUGAUGUUAAAGCUGAGUCGCCAAAGCCAACGAAGAAGAAACGUAAACUGCGGGGUGGUUUCUUAAUCAAGAGGAAAGACUCUGAUUCCGAUUCAAGUGACAGCAGUGACAGCAACAGUAGCAGCAGUGACAGCAGCGACUCUGAUGAUGACUCCAAGAAAAAACUUGCCAGGUUUGGAAUCAAAGCACCAAAGAUUCCUAAAAAAAAAAAAUCGAUAUCGCCUGAACUUGGCCUUGACUUGAAAUCACCUGACAGUGGGGUUGAGUUCAGUGCAGGAGUGACACCUGAUGUUGAGGAAGAAGUUGUUGUACCCGAACAUAGUUUAAAAAAGAGUUCUAAGAAACCAGCUGCGACACCACAGGAGAAGGAAGCACUUUUGAGUCAGCUUCCUGAUAUCUUAGCUGCUGGUGAAUCCCCAGACCUUUCACUACACCACUCUGAUCAAGAUGUCGCAGAUGAAGAAUCUAUCAUGCCAGAAUUUAAAGCUGAUGUUGAAUCCGGUAACCCCGCACUACUUGCCAUGCUUGGUGGUGAUUUGCCUGAAGGUCAGCUGUCUGCAGAUGUAUCAGUCGAUGUUCAGAGUGACCCUCAUCUUGAUGUCGAAGCGAGGGUUCCAGGUUUCCCGGAAAUAAACGAUAAAUUCCCAUCCUUCGAUUCAGCUACAACAACACAGUCGAUGGAAACGUCAUCCCAGCAGUCCUCGAUGAGCGAAAAGGUUGUGAUGAGUGGGAGCUUUCCUGAAGGAGCGAUGCCGAGUGGAUUCAGCUCAACGACAUCCAUAUCCAGUUCAACUUCAAUGAAAUCUGAAUCUAAAAAGUCAUUUACGCGCGUCAUGAGUGUGACAGAUGGUGAUGGAUCAGCAUCAACAACAACAUCUUCCUCUUUUUCGUCAUCUUCAUCCUCCAGACAGACGAUGUCAACGCAAAAAUCUUUUACGAUAUCUGGUGAAGGUUCGGCAUCCGAUUUUAGUGGAAUGAUCGAAGGAAGCAAGCCUGGCAUGGAGGUUUCUGGUGAUUUUGCGAUGGGUGUUCCUGGCGCUACAGUCAUGCGGUCGGUGUCUGAAGAAUCGUCGUCCUUACAAUCUCUGAAACAGCAGAGGUCUGUUACAACAUCCAGUGCUGAUGGUGAGCCUGCUAAAACGGUUACCAUGACGAAAGAGGCAGAAGCAAUGGAACAGUCAGCGCGGAUGGAGCAGACGGCCGAACUAGUCACUGAAGAAGGAAAACCUGGUACUGUGCUCAUGAGCAAGAAGGCAGAAGAAAGUUCAUCCGCACAGAGUGAGUCGACCAAAAUGGAAGUAAAAACUGAUGUUGCUGGAUCUGCAAACGGAGCGGGGCUUUCCAUAAAAGGGAACAACAAAAAGAGUAAUAAUAAAAAGAAGAAAGGAAAGUAACGACAUGUCGAAAAGACUGAACUUUAAUCAGAGCCAUGCAACUUCAUUGUAAAUAUCAUUAUUUUGCUGAGAGAUACCUCUGUACAAUAUGGUUGGCUCUGUGUGGAUACAUUCAUGUCUUCUGGCGUGGAAUAAUCAAAGGUCAGGAGUUUACUGUUCAGGUCUGUUUCAUCUCAGUUGACUGGUAGUUUCUGUACAUUGCUGUGCAUUUCUGUACAUGAAUGUACAGGGACAAACAAAAUCUUGACAUGAAAUUAAUGUGCCUGUUACAUCUGCCAGAAAGCAACUCAAUUGUUGUUACAUAAACGCUACAAAUAUCAAUAUCGUUUGCAAUGUAGUACUCAAUUUUAGGAAAUUUGUCAAUUUGGAAUCCAACGAUUUAUUUCAAGCUUGUCAAUAUCACCAUGUUUUUUUCUUUAAAAAUAUCCCGUACACGAGGCCACAAAAUGUGCACUUAAAUAAUAGAGUUACGCAUUCUUGCAUGUUCAAUUGAACCAUUGAAUCUUCUUGAAUUACUGAUGGGGGUCGUACUUCUUGAAGGGUCAUUGGGGUGGAUUUGUCAGAAGGUGGUUCUUUAAUGCGAUGGGGGUCGUAAUAAAAGCAUGUUCAUGAUUUGUGGCCGCAGGGCAUGUUAAAACUGGAAGUUUUUGUAAGUCAGGGAUCUGUCCCGAAUAAUAUGUAUGUAACUGAUAAUCUGAGUAAGACUAGAAUAGGGCUUCUAAGAUAUGUAAGGUGUCUUCUGCAAGGUGGUUAUUUUUACAUGUUAUGUUUUUUUUAUUGUAAAUACAAAUGGAAAGCACCUUGGAGAGAAAUAUUUUGGAAGCUUCUAAAAAUAUGUAACAUGGAAAGUUCCCUAGUUUAUUUUGUAUAUUACAAUAUUAUUGAUGUCAAAUGUUUGGAAUUGUUUGUCAUACUUAUGAUGAUUAAUUUCAUUCUAUGAUUAAGAGCAUACUGUCUGAAUUGCUAUUAGGUUAUAUGGGGCAUCCCUUGUGCUAGACUUUGUAUAAAAAGUGUGUGAAUGUAUUAUCUUAUGUCAAUUUUCUCUACUCUUCAUGGACAUCAAUACCAAUAUUGUCAAAAUAACUGAUCCUUAAACAUGCGUACCAUCCAAAAUUUAAGACCCGACAAAACAUUUUAAUUUUCUCAAUAAAAAGCCUGUUACCUUCAGGUUAAAAUUGUUUUACUACAAAAAUGAUUCAAAAAAAUUUACCAAAAUAGUUUAAGAUGUGCAUUCCAUUGAAAUAGUGUUAAUUAAUCUUUUAAAGGAGUCGUGUAUAUAUUUGAGACUUUUUAAUUCAAAUUCUUGCACAUGUUAUUUAAGUGGGCCUUUGUCCUUCUUCUAUUCUUCACCCUACCGUCAAACAUGCUUUUCAUUUUUCAACAUUUUGUAGAUAAUUCAAGGUGACUUAAGUUUUUAACUUUUCCAAAGAAUUCCAUUUUGGCUUGGGUGUUUAACUUACUUAAAACUGCCAUUAACCUCCUGUUUUCAUUUCUUUAUCAUAAAAAAUGAUUGUAAUGGUAAUCCCUGUGAGCUGACAUUGUCUAUGCCCAAAGAAAGUGUAUGGAAUCUUUUUUAGCAAUCUGUCAGCCUAUUUAUCAAUUUUGCUCUUCAAAUGUCUUUUUCAAUAUUUGACAUAAUUCAGUCAAUAAUGUUAGUUUGAAUGGAAAUGUUUUCUAUUAAAUGAUAUAUUUUUGCAGUUCUUUAACAUUUUGUAAAAUCCACUUGGCUCUUGUUUUACAGCAGCCUCGGGCAUUUCACUACCGAGUUCUUUCAUAGUAUUACAGGUACUGCACAUAACUAGUAAUUUGUUGGCGGGUACAAAAUGGAAAAAAAUGCCAUACACUUUUUUUAGGCCUGUAAUGUACUUAUCUACCCUGUUCAUCAUUGUAUGAUUUUAGAAGAGAGUAGUGCAAAACUUUUUAUGCAGACGUCAAUUCUACUGACAUUUGCUGUUGCCAACCUUUUUUGCACUGGGCAGAAUGUAAAAUGUUAUGCAAACUUAAUGUUAAUGGGUUUUUUUCUGAUACCAGGCCAUUGUGGACUUGGCAAAAAAUGUUCAAGGCUAAUUUUUCUCAGUUUUGGCAAGCUUGGCAUUUUUUACAGCAUUUGAAUAUAACAUCUGAUAUGCUGCUGGCUUUGUGAUAUACUCUAUUCUAUAUUGUUGUUAUUUGUGAAUAUUGAGCUCAAAAUCAGAUUUUUACGAGAAUUAUGUGAUUUCUUCUAAUAUUGAACUUAACUUCAGAUGGAUUGACAGGGUAUGGUGCACACUGGUUUCUAUAAUUUUCUGGAAAAUUUCUUAAACAUUUCUUCGAUGAAUUAUCUUUUGUAUUGUCACAAACUUGCCUAUAAGAUGCUCAACUCAUUAUUAACCCCUUUGCAUUCAGCAUCGACAAAAUGUAUUUCAAACUUUGGUAAUUAUGAUAUAGAGAUGUGAUACAAGUAACUUUAUUUGUUUCGUUGACUGGGCCUUUAACUGUUGUGCCUGUUUUAUGAGUUACCCGUUGGUUAAGUUUCUGAUUUUCAAUUCGGAUGAUCUGAUUGCAAAGGGGUUAAAAAGGUUUCCAAUUAUCAAUUGACAGUAUUAUCUCAUCAUUAAUGUUGGUAAUAUUUUGUAAUACUUAGUCUAGAUGUAUAUAUUUUGUAUGGGAGAUUGGCCAAGGGCAAUACAGGGCACUCAUGCUUUUCAAAUAAUACCAAUUAAGGCAUCUAUAUAUUAACACAUGUUCUAAUUGUCAUACGUCAUCAUGAGAAUAAAAAUAUGCAAUAUAAAAUAUAA